AUGGCUCCGAGCAAGAAAAAGCCUCGAACCACGGCUUCGUCAAAAGUGCCAGAGAAAAUUGGGGCCCGAGCCAACCAAAGGAACGCUCCGUCGGCACCAAUCGACGAUGAUGAAUUUCAGACACACACAUUCGUCAGUCCACAAGCCGCCAAGGAUUUUCAAGACCGAGCGAAGUCGAUCAUCCGAGAGCGAGAACUUCUUCUUGACGAGGAACGGAACCCGGAAAUUUUCGACAAUGUCAUGAAACGAGGUUGGCAAUCGUUCAUUGAGGAUCCGGGGGAGGCAAAUGUCAGCAUGGUCCGAGAGUUCUUUGCCAAUGCGGCUCAUUCCGAUAACAACACAUCUGUCAAGGUUCGAGAUGUUGUAGUUCGAUUUGAUCCUGCCCAUAUCAACAACUACUUCAAUUUGCCCGACUUAUCGCUGGAAGGCUACAACACGGUGAAAAAGAAAACCAUUUUCGAUGAUUUGAUCAGAACUUUGUGCCCGAGGGGGACAUCCUGGAAAGAGGAGAAGAAAAGUUUCAAUCGUUCAGAAUUGUCUAAGGAAGCAAAGGCGUGGGCUUACUUCGUCUCGGCCCGCCUCUUGCCCACAUCGGCGGUGAGCACAGUCCUUCCCCCCCGGUUGCUUCUUAUCUAUGCUAUCAUCAUAGGGAUCGACAUCAAUUGGGCAGGAGUUCCGACCCGGGAGAACGACGAGACAAUGAAACCCCAACUGCCUAUCAAAGAUGUUUUUUUCGUACAAGGACGCUGUGGGGCCGGACAAUCCAGCAAAAUGGGGUGCGACACCACAGAUAUCGCAGAACCCCUCCCUUUCCCACGACAUGCUGCAGCUGUGGAUAGGCCCGAGAGCUCUCGGGCGAGACGAGUCAUAGAGAGCGACGACGAGGAGGACCUAAACAAUUAA